AUGCAUACGGUACCAGUCCGCAACCCGCCGAGGUCGUCAAUCUACGAAUUCUUACGGUUGCCAGAGUGCAAGAGCUUGUGCGAUUCAGACGUUGACUCCGCAUCAUCGCUGGACAAGCGAGUUAUCAGGCGCGAUUCCAAAGUCGAGGAAGGCACUCCCGAGGCCACCGAGUUAUUGCCAACCGGGCCGUUUUAG